CUUCUGUGUGAGCUCUUCUGUGCUGUCUCUCUUGGUGUCUCCCGUGAGGCCGGUACCGCCAGUCCUGCCCGGUGCAAAGCGGAGUUUACGGUGAAUACAAGGCGGACUAGGCCGUUGUGUUCAGACCCGACGACAGAAUGAGGGCGCUGCUGGAGGCCGUGCUGGCGACGGCGCUGCUGCUUGGUAUUUUCCAGUCUGGUUGCUCUGUAACUUUUGAGGUGAAAGAUGACGCCAAUAAAACUUGUAUAUUGACAGACUUCUCCAUCAAUUUCACUGUUGAGUAUAAGAAGGGUGAUAAACAGGCUAUUGCCAGUUUUCCAUUACCUGAAAGUGCAGCAGUUGACAAGUUGAGUUCUUGUGGCAAGACUGGUACAGAACCAAUUUUGGUCAUUACAUUUGGAUCCAACUUCUCCCUCAGCGUACAUUUUAAUAAAACUGAUACAGACUAUCGUGUUGAGCAACUAGUGUUCGUUUACAACCUUUCAGAUGCAAACACUUUCCCAGAGGCAGCUGAAAAGGGUACCAAGCAAGUGUCAUCAAACAAACCAGAAAUAUCUGCUAAAAAAAACAACUAUUACCAGUGUUCCAGCCCACACCUUGUCAGAAUGGAUAAUGUAAAUGCAACAUUUCAUAAUGUUAAGCUGGAAGCUUAUUUCAGUGGCAGCAAUUACAGCGGAAAUGCAACCCUCUGCAAAGAAGAUGCUACUCCUACUUCUGCCCCUACUGUUGCACCCCAUACUUCUACCCAUACGCCCACACCAACUUCAGCACCAGUUAAGCCUAAAACGCCUGACAAUGGGGAGUACAGAGUUAAUGCAUCCUCUGGGACACUUUGUAUCUUUGCCAAGAUGGGGUUGCAGCUAAAUAUCACCUACAGAAAAAAUAAUAAGAACGUUUCUUAUGAGUUUAAUAUUGAUCCAAAUCAAGUCAAGCCAGAUGGCAACUGCUCUAAUGAUUAUGCAACGCUGCGACUUUUUUCCAAGGUGGUCGACCUUUUGUUCAACUUCACUUUGAACACCACAGAAAACAAAUUUUACCUUGGUCAUGUCAACCUAAGCACAAUUGUCCCAGAUGGAAACGAAACAAUUAAUGUAGACAGCGGCAGCCUCUCCUAUCUGCAGACCACAACACACAAGUCCUACAAAUGCAACGCAAAGCAGACAUUGAAGAUUACAGACGAUUUUUCUAUUAACACCUACAACCUCCAAAUUCAGGCAUUUGAUAUAGAUGGAAACAAAUUUGGACCAGCUGUCGAAUGUGCAGAGGAUCAGAAUGGCAUGCUGGUACCCAUCAUUGUCGGAGCUGCGCUGGCUGGACUGGUUCUAAUUGUGCUGAUUGCCUAUCUCAUCGGCAGAAAGAGAAGUCAUGCCGGAUAUCAGACGAUUUAAGUGCAACAUCUUCCGUUCUGUAAAUUUACCACUAGCUCAGUACAGAAUUGCUGGGAGCCAACAGUUAUGAUUAGGGAGAUUCCAUUGUGUGGGGGGGGGAAAAAAUUCACGCAAAUUGCUUCAUAAGAUAUCCUGCUGUUUUAAUGUGAACUACCAUUUAAAAAGCAUAUACUGACUAUGCACUGAGUUAUAUCCAGAACCUGAGUUUCAAUUUUUGGUUUUCCAUGGGAAAUGGUUUAUGAUGAGAAUUGGGAAAACCAACUUUUUACACAGUGCGAAUAUAAUAAAAAAAAGUAAAUAAAAAGAAAUAAAAAAAAUUCUUAAAAGGGCAUCUGUCAUAGUUUAUGCAUGUGAAACGACUGGCACAGUCAAGUAGAUGUUAGCUUAUAUAAAUGUAUGGAAUGAUACUCACAUCUAUUUGACUGUGCCAGCGAUUUCUUAUGCGUAAGCUAGGUGACAGAUGCAGUGGGAAUGCACUACUUAUGCAUCCAGUACUUCUUGCUUAAACUCUUAAUACUCAAAGGGAAAUUUUUACAUUACUACAUUUACUACAUCUACAAGUAUUGUUGAUCAUCCUGCGGUUGUUGAAUGACUUAAUUUACCUUAAGAUAACAGUUGUAGUGUUUUUGGUUUCAGUGAUCAUAAUUCUCUCUGCCCGCUAGAGAUGACCGUCAAUGCCGUGCUGGGCGUUAACAGUGCACUAUUUUCAAUUCUUUUAAAUCUUGUUUUUGCUGUUCUGGAAGCUCUGCUUUUUCAGAGCUAUUAAUUUUCUAAAAAAUAAACUAAAGGAAAAAUGGAUGUGAUGGUUUGUCUUUUUAGUUCAAAGUUAGAUUGGAUGAUAUUUUCCUGCACAUGUGUACAGUAUAGAAGUGUAAAUGCAGAAUGCCUUGCUUGGUGCCUGGUUGGGGUUGUACACUUCAGAAAUGUCUGCAUUGCCUUAACAAUGCUAAUAAAAUGUGUUCUUUA